AUGCUUGAUACAUCCGUGUCCGAUGACGGCCGGCGGUCGAGCUCGGAAGACCGGCCUGUCGAUGGAUACGACACCGACGCAAAGGAGACCGACCUCGACCAGCCGCUCAUCACAAACGCACCGGAGAGACGGCGCAGGGACAAGCGAUACAGACGGUUGCCGGCGUGUCUCACGGUCCCAUGGCCCUUUUGUGUCCAUCUCCUGUUGGGCGUCGCCAAUAUUGCCUUUUUGCUGUAUACGACUCGCUACCUCGGGGUUGCAUCUCCCAAGCCACCAUACUCACCCGCCAACGAUGCCGCCAGCCAUUUCGUCCUCAAGCAGUUCGAGGGAGUCGUCGAGGGGACGGUCACGCCAUACAAUGGUCCGCCUGGACAGGAGGUGGACAAGGCGUGGGAAGAGCUACUGCGAACCGCCAUGUUCUGGAUCACCAAGGACGAGCUCGAAGCGGCAUUCGGCGCUGGUUACAACGGGUUCCCCAUCCCCGGAAGCGACGGCUUGAUGUGCCACGCCGACCCGACACUAUACUCGAUCCACUGGUACACCAACAGGUGCGGCGACAAGCCGGACCUCUCGACCAUGCACGUCUGCCGCGACUGGGACGCCUUGCACGGCUGGGCCCGCUCGCGAGCGCUGGACAACAUGACGCUGUUCCCGGGCCAUCCUCUGUACGGCAACGGGUCGUGCGGAGUGGAUGGCGGACCGCAAGAGGAGCUCAAGUUUAGAUUUGCCAAGGAUGGACGUGGUGUCGAGAUUGUUGGGUACGAUAAGACGGCGGAUGGUCAGUGA